ACGGGAGGGGAAACAGAAAAAUACUGGGCAAUGCUCAAUUCCCACAAUUAUUUAUUCACCCCUGUUCCCGUGUGCGUCCGAGAAUCUUUCGCAGUUUUAAGUGCAACUUCCUCUCUUCAGUCAUCGGUGAGUGCGCUCUGUCGUCAGCCUCACCGCCCGCAGAGGAGGGCUGACACUGUCACACAGCCACUGAACUUCCCGUCAAGACACAGCACAGGCAAGAAGCUGCCGCUGACAAAAAAAGGGGAACGACAUCGGGGUUUGUCGAGAAGAGAGGACGCACCCCAGUUCACAGAGCUUCUGGGCAGAGAAACGGUGCCAUUGUCCUCCAGCUGAGGGCGAGUAGAGACAGGUCUGGUGCUCUGCUAAUUAGCUUGCGUGGGUCCCUGCAGAGAGAGACAGAGCAACGCAGCUAGCUGCAGCAUAGAGCAGCAUACACAGGGUGUGAGUGACUGAGGGGCUUGUUUUAGCCACUAUCGGGGCAUUUAUCUGACGAACUGAUGCUAGGUUUACUGAUGGGACCAUUUAUCCGAUAGUCAUCCCUCCCUCCCUCUACCCCCCGUCGGACCCUGGCUCGGAUUCGCCACUCGGGCGCUGUCCUCGCCGGGGGGUGCCGGAUCACCAUCGCCCGGUCCAGCUAACUCCAGGCAGCGGUUCGGUCCCCCCUGACCCCUGCCCUGCCUCGCCUGUCUGCCGCUCUGGCCGACCCUAGCCGAGCCCGAACAUGGCAGGGAACCUGAAGAAAGGCGGGGGGCUCAUCGGAAUGAUGAAGGAUGCCUUCCAGCCACACCAUCACCACCUCCACUCCCAUCAUCAGCCCGGGGCCGUGGACAAAAAGACGGUGGAGAAAUGCUGGAAACUGAUGGACAAGGUGGUGCGCCUAUGCCAAAACCCCAAAUUGGCUCUGAAGAACAGUCCCCCUUACAUCCUGGAUCUGCUGCCAGACACCUACCAGCACCUGCGCACCAUCUUGUCUCGCUAUGAGGGCAAAAUGGAGACUCUGGGGGACAACGAGUACUUCCGGGUCUUCAUGGAGAACCUAACAAAGAAGACAAAGCAGACCAUCAGCUUGUUCAAGGAGGGAAAAGAACGCAUGUACGAGGAGAACUCACAACCCAGGAGGAACCUCACCAAGCUGUCGUUGAUCUUCAGCCACAUGCUGGCUGAGCUGAAGGCGAUCUUCCCCAAUGGUCUGUUUCAAGGUGACAACUUCCGCAUCACCAAGGCAGAUGCUGCAGAGUUCUGGAGGCGCGCCUUCGGGGACAAGACCAUUGUGCCUUGGAAGGUGUUCCGUCAGUCUCUCCAUGAGUUUCACCCCAUCAGCUCGGGACUGGAGGCCAUGGCCCUUAAGUCCACCAUAGACCUCACCUGCAACGACUACAUCUCUGUCUUUGAGUUUGACAUCUUCACCAGGCUAUUCCAGCCUUGGUCAUCCCUGCUGCGGAACUGGAACAGCUUGGCAGUUACUCACCCGGGGUACAUGGCCUUCCUCACCUAUGAUGAAGUCAAAGCACGGCUGCAGAAGUUCAUUCAUAAGCCUGGCAGUUACAUCUUCCGCCUGAGUUGUACACGGCUAGGCCAGUGGGCGAUCGGCUACGUGACAGCAGAUGGAAACAUACUCCAGACCAUUCCCCACAAUAAACCCCUCUUCCAGGCCCUCAUAGAUGGCUUCAGGGAAGGAUUCUAUUUAUUCCCUGACGGCCGAACCCAAAACCCUGACCUGACAGGACUGUGUGAACCCUCACCUCAAGACCACAUCAAAGUCACACAGGAGCAAUAUGAGCUGUACUGUGAGAUGGGCUCCACUUUCCAGCUGUGCAAGAUCUGUGCCGAGAAUGACAAGGAUGUGAAGAUUGAGCCCUGUGGUCAUCUCAUGUGCACCUCCUGUCUCACUGCCUGGCAGGAGUCAGAAGGCCAGGGAACGGGAUGUCCCUUCUGUAGAUGUGAGAUUAAGGGUACAGAGCCCAUUGUGGUGGAUCCUUUUGACCCCAAGGACAACAGCGGGGGCUCCUGCAGGGGCACAUUUGGGGCUGAGGGUGCUCCAUCACCCAGCUAUGACGAUGAUGAUGACGACAGACUUGAAGACCCGCAUCUCGUGAUGAGCAAACUUGCCUGUACAAAGGUGGAGCGUCCCCCAUCACCCAUGUCCAUGCCUCCUCAGUCCUCUCUUCCCCCUGUGCCGCCCAGACUAGACCUGCUACCACACAGACCUCCCAACCCCCCUGGCGCCUCCAGCCCUGGGGUCACCACUAAGGCAACAUCUCACCACAAAGACAAGCCUCUUCCCCUCCCCCCAGCACUGAGGGAUCUGCCCCCUCCUCCUCCUCCAGACAGGCCCCACACAGCCGGGGCAGCCCCCGAUGGACGGCUGCAGAGGCGGCCCUUACCCUGCACUCCUGGGGAGCCCCCUCGAGAUAAGCUUCCCCCUACACCUCCUAACCGGCCGCUGGCUGAAUGGAACUCCAGGCCCGUACCCAAGGCCCCCACCUCCUCUUCCUCAUCCUCAUCAUCAUCCUCCUCAUCCUCCCAAAUGUCCAAUCUGGGAGGAGACAUUCGAGCAGGUGUCAGGGAACUCUCAAACCGUCACUCCCUCCCCUUGGCGCUGCCCUCUGCUCUGGACACCCGCUCAGACUCACAGAAGAACAACAGCUCCCUCAGUCUGGAUCACCAGCUGAAUUUUGCCGCAGUAGCUGGUCAAGACUAUGACAACCCCAAAGUCAAGCCGUCAGCCUCAGCCAAUGCCAUCUAUUCACUGGCAAGCAGACCAUCUCAAGCCCUGAGGCCAGUGGCAGGAGAGGAUUCACGCGACAGUGAGGAGGAGUCAGAGUACAUGAUCCCCUCCUCUCGGCCUGUCCUGCCCCUCAUCACGGCACCACCUGUAGGGGAGACCCCACCGGUCCCAAGACCCCCACAACCUCAGUCUCUAUCAUCAGCACUCCAGACACAGAACCAAGCCUCCACACUCAACUCAAGGCUAACACUGGCUGAACUAGAGGAUGGACCUCAAAUGUACGAAGCUAUGUACAACAUUCAGGCCAGGUCACAACAAGCCAGAGAUUCAGACUAUUCAGAGUUGCCCCCUCUGGCGAUGACCAACGGGCCGAGAGACCACACAGCCGAGGACGGGGAAGAAGAGGAAAAUGGCUAUGACUUCCCAAAGCCUCGGCUGCCAAUGCCCCCCGCCCGUCGGACCCUCUCAGAACUGGGGGGGUCGUCUUCCUCCUCUUCAUCCUCCUCAUCAUGCUCAUCCUCCACGGCUGCUUUCAGCCGCCUUUCUUUAGAUGCAGACGCUGGAGCUGCAGCAUCCUUCUCAGAGCCGGUGGAAGCACCAGAGAGACCUCCAAAGCCCCUGCCCAGACGAAUCAACUCAGAGCGUCGACCCAGCCCUGUCCCACCCGUCCCUGCUCCGCCUAGUAGUGGGGCAACAGGAGGAGAGGCCAACCCUCAAAUCAGUAGCGAGAUAGAGCACCUCAUGAGUCAGGGAUACUCUUACCAGGACAUCCAGAAAGCACUGAUGAUUGCACAGAACAAUAUCGAAAUGGCCAAGAAUAUUCUACGCGAGUUUGUCUCCAUUCCCUCCACCGCUCAUAUCCUUACAUAGCACACUCUUCGUGCCUCUCCUCUCGUGUUUGCUCUCUCGCCCUAGCUUGGCCCAGCCUGGUUGGGUUUAGGUUGGCACAGGCCAGCCCAAAGCCCAAAGCCCAUUGCCUGCAGCACUACCUCCGGUGCUGGCUGACUACGCCCCUGUGGAUUUUAACUGGCUGUUACUCCAGUGAGCUCACAGCAUCUCUGGGAACUCUGCGCCCUGCACUCCAUGCGCUUUCAACAGUGUCUGGCCUUCUUCAAACUGUUACAGCAGGCCUCUUCGUUUUCAAGAACAUCUCCGUGGGACUGACUGAGCAUAUGUGGAACAAUGAUGGGACGCCACAUGACUUCAGUAGGAAUCCUGGGAAGACAGAUUCUUAUCUUUCAUGUCAAAGCCUCUCGCUGAAAAUGUAACCAACACCUCACAAAUAAAACUAAAAAUGUA